AUGGAGCUCUCUCGCUUUGACUGGGUCUGGGUCCGACUGGAUUUAGAUAAAUACUCUAAUAUAAUUCAACUCCCUGGUCAAUCCAUCGACCAUAGCCGGGCUGAUGGUGCUGUAGGGGCCUUGAUGAAAUAUUAUAACAAUGAAGGUCUAUGGAAUACAGCCGGGUGGUGGAACUCAGGCAACUGUUUGACCUCGCUACUUGACUAUAUGCGACUAACUGGGACCAAGACCUACCUGAAUGACAUUGUUAAUACUUUUGAUAAAGGUCGUCAUCACGCGGGCUCAAAAGACUUUACCAAUGAUUACAUUGAUGACACGGGUUGGUGGGGUCUGGCGUGGGUCCGGGCGUUUGACUUGACCAAUGAGCAAAAGUACCUGGAUAUGGCCAAGUAUGAUGCUGAUUAUAUGUAUUCAUAUCACGACAAUGUCUGUAAGGGUGGCCUAUGGUGGAAUAACCAGAAAGGCUAUAAAAAUGCCAUUACCAACGAACUGUUUAUUAAAUUGGCUGCCUCAUUGCACAAUCGUAUCAAGGGAGAUGAAAAGUACCUUGGUCAGGCUGUUGAGGUAUACAACUGGUUCAAAGGCACCGGUAUGAUCAACGGGGAACACCUUAUCAAUGAUGGGCUAGAUUUGAAAGCUGAUUGCAAGCCUGCCGGUGCAACAUUCACCUAUAACCAAGGUGUUAUUCUGGGUGGCCUUGUCGAGUUAUAUAAGGCUAAAAAGGAGCAAGCUUACCUGGAUGAUGCCAAACGGAUUGCUGACGCCAUUACAAAGUCUGGUUAUUUCAAUAAGGAUGGGGUACUGGUGGAGGGCGUGGGCGAGGGGGACGGGUGUACCGGUGAUGGGCCGUCAUUUAAGGGCAUAUUUAUGCGGAAUUUAGGGGAAUUGAAUCGCGAGCUGAAAGAUAGGCCUUACCAAGGGUAUAUCAAUAAAGUUGCCGAUAGCGCGUAUAAUCAUGCUAGAAAUGCUGAAAAUCAGUAUGGUAAUAAGUGGCUAGGUCCUUUUAAAGAGACUGCCGCGGCUUGUCAGCAUGGUGCACUGGACUUGUUGAAUUCAAAUGCUUAA